AUGUCGGUAGACAUCCGAUCUGGGACGAGUGGUAGUCCUCUGCGAGAUUUUCCUUCACCUCGCAACGGUGACGGCCCAAAUGCUGUCCACACACGCCAUGCGUCGCGAACGGCCACGCCAGCACUGGAGGCGCGCAUCUCUGCCUUCCUGAGACCGACGGAAACAGCGUCGUCGUUCCCGGAAGAUCUGACAGUGGACACAAAGUCAAGAAGUGACGCAGGCCCGCCGGCCAUCAACCGAGCUGGCAAGCCUCAAAUACCGAUAAAGCCACCAGUAUUGAAGAAUAAGUCCAGUACUCUGAUCGCUCCUGAGCCCAAAUCUGAAGCUACGGCUCAUCGCGCCUCGCCGUUCAAUACUCCACCGAGCAGCGGAGAGGCCUCGCCAGUGAAGAAGGACUUCAGACCUCAAGGGCAGUACCAUCCGAGUCGAACAUCCGCGCCACAGGAUGAUCUGCUCGAGGAUCGUCCUCGACUACCCGCCCGACCGGAGCUUCAAAUGCGCCUUGCACGAAGCCCACCCAAGGCGCAAUCUGGGAGAAGCAGUCCUGCAAAGGUCCAAGCCCUGCCGCCUAAAAGGUCCAUGGAUGGGUUGGCCAGAGCCCGGGCGAAAGCUGCACAACAAACACCUGUCCGGAUACCCGCCACCAAGCCUGCACAACGAUCUGCUCUUGAGCAAGGCUUUGGUGUCAACUCGCCUCUUUCGACGUCGGCUAGAGCACUGCCUGCGCCUGCAAUACCCGCUCCUCGCAGAUCUGUCGAUCGUAGACGUGAGAUGCCCCCUCCACCCCCUCCGCCGGCUACAGUCGGACAUUCUCGUGAUGAUGAGGAGGACAACGGUGUCCCGGAACUCAACAGUGAGCUAGUCGCAGGCCCGACCGACUUCCCUGAUGCUACGCAAGCGAACCGACGCGCACCAAAAUUCAAGCAACGACCUUGGCAGAUCCCUACGGAGUACGAUACCAGGUUGUUCGCGGUCUGCGGAGAUUAUGUUUGUACGACGGGAUACUACACCCGCGUCUGGAGCGUUCGUUCUGGCGAGCUGCUGGUAAAUGAGGAGCAUCGCGAGGGCUUGAAAAUGACUGCAGUCGCUUUCAAGCCAUCGCCCAACAUCGAAGACGAGGGAAAGCGCAUCUGGCUUGGUACGAACACCGGAGAGAUCCACGAACUCGAUCUGGUCUCGCAGAAGGUGGUGCGAUCAAAAAUAGCUCAUCGGAGGGAAGUCAUACGCAUCUUCCGAUACGCAUCAGAGCUAUGGACGCUGGACGAAGGGGGAGAGCUCUACGUGUGGAUGCCAGACCACGGAGGGAUGCCGAGCCUUGACUCGCAGUACACCAACUGGAAGGUGCCGAAAGGCCAUACGUUCUCUAUUGCUACCGGCAAGCAACUAUGGUAUGCCACGGGCAAGAAUAUCAGAGUGUUCAGGCCCAGCGCGAGAUCUGACACGGAAUUCCACAUGAUCAUCAAUCCUCUGAGUCAGCCAGGCACUGGAGAUGUGACAUCUGGAGCAUGCCUCGACUCGAAACCAGACUUGGUCUACUUUGGCCACUCGGAUGGCAAGGUAACGAUAUACAGCCGCACUGACUUCUCCUGCCGGGCUGUCGUCAACGUCAGCGUGUACAGAAUUAGCUGCUUGGCGGGCGUGGGAGACUAUCUUUGGGCAGGAUACAGCACUGGCAUGACCUACAUAUACGAUACGUCGACGAAUCCAUGGUCAGUGAAGAAGGAUUGGCCAGCUCACGACAAGCAAGUGUGCGGAAUCAUAGCGGAUCCGACCUCAAUGUGGAAAGCCGGGCGGCUGAAUGUCAUAACAAUGGGCCAGGACAAUCUGCUACGGAUCUGGGAUGGCAUGCUUGAGAGCGACUGGAUCGAGUCACGAAUGCAAGCACGCGAACCCGAGCAUUGCACCUUCAGGGAGUUGAGUGUCGCCGUAUUGACAUGGAACGCCGGAGCUUCGAAACCAAGCCACCUCCAACACAGCAUGGAUGACCAGAAUUUCUUCUACGAUUAUCUCAGAGCGCAAAAUUCUCCGGACAUUCUGGUCUUUGGUUUCCAAGAGCUCGUAGAUCUCGAAGACAAGAAGCAGACCGCCAAGUCGUUUUUCAAGAGCAAGAGGAAAGACCCUGCCGAGCAGGAACACAUGUCCCAUCAAUAUCGAGCAUGGCGGGACCACUUAACGCGCUGUCUCGCGGAGCACAUGCCCGACGCGCAAAGCUAUCAGCUGGUACACUCUGCGAGUAUGGUUGGUCUCUUCACUUGUGUGUUUGUGAAGUCCGCCGAGAGAUCACGCAUCCGGCACAUCCACACCGCAGAGAUCAAACGUGGUAUGGGUGGUCUACAUGGCAACAAAGGAGCCAUCAUCAUGCGACUGGUCCUGGACGAUAGCAGUCUCUGUUUCGUCAACUGUCAUUUGGCUGCUGGUCAGACUCAGACGUUGCACAGAAAUAAUGAUGUGACUGCUAUUCUGGAAGCAAAUGCACUGCCUUCAUACCCACUGGAACAGGCCAGUGGUGCACAACACAGUGAUGUGUUCACUGCUGGAGGUGACGGUAGCAUGAUCCUUGAUCAUGAGAUUUGCAUCCUGAACGGCGACCUCAACUAUCGCAUUGAUACCAUGGGACGAGACACCGUGGUCAAGCACGUUCAACAGGGCAACCUGUCGAGACUCCUCGAGCGAGAUCAACUUCUUCUUAGUCGAAGGAAGAAUCCCGGCUUCCGCCUUCGCGCUUUCCAAGAGUCGCCCAUCAACUUCGCUCCAACCUACAAAUACAACGUGCGCACCGAUGACUACGACACAUCUGAGAAGCGGAGAAGUCCUGCAUGGUGUGAUCGAAUUCUGUAUCGGGGAAUAGGCAAGAUCAAGAUGGAGGAGUAUCGUCGAUGGGACCAGCUCAGAGUGUCGGAUCACAGACCCGUCAGUGGACGUCUGCUGCUGCGAGUGAAGACGGUGGACCCCGACAAGAGAGAGAUCAUAUGGGAUAAGUGUCUGAAGGACUUUGACGGCGUGAGACAACGCAUUGCUCGCGCUGCGCAACUCGAAUAUCUCACCAACGUCCUUGGUCUCUCUCACAGGGAAGCCGCCGCCGCAUUGAAGACGUAGCAGGCGUAGCAGGCUUAUGAGCUCCGGAAUAAAUAUCAAGCUUGUGCACCCACACUUUUAGCUCAUUGUGCUAGCUUCGAUCUAAAGGCCAAUCUGGUGCCUUUUGCGGGGAACCCGCAGUCCGCAGCGGCGCAGCCCAGAACUCAGGUACCGAGAUGGAUCCAAGGGUCAGCAUUGUGGGAGUUUCCUCUCACUCACGUCAUGAGUUAUCAUCAUAUACAUCUUCGCAUCAUCGUUGUG